UAGUGCAGAGAAGGGUAGGGCGCUCGGCGGUGGCCCCUGCGAGAAGAGCUACACUACUCAGCCACUUCCUUAGCUAGCCCGCUGUGGUUUCACAAUCCAUUAAUGUCUUCCGAUGAAAGUUAAGAUACUGCCGCGCAUUUAGUUGCUUUUGCGCUGAUUAUCUGCAGCUUGUCUCCUAACAUUAACCAAAAUGUCGCAGCCUGCGGUGGCCGACACUCGCCGGUUGAACUCCAAGCCCCAGGACCUCACGGAUGCCUACGGCCCCCCCAGCAAUUUUUUGGAAAUAGAUGUGUAUGAUCCACAAACCCUAGGAGUGGGACGAACUCGAUACACUGUAUACAAAGUCCGCAUGCGGACAAAUCUUCCCAUUUUUAAACUGAAGGAUUCCUGUGUGACAAGAAGAUACAGUGACUUCGAGUGGUUAAAAACUGAGCUGGAAAGAGACAGUAAGAUUGUAGUGCCACCUCUGCCCGGGAAAGCUCUGAAAAGACAGCUGCCAUUUCGUGGAGAUGAGGGCAUUUUUGAGGACUCUUUCAUUGAGGAGCGGCGAGUGGGUUUGGAGCAGUUCAUAAACAGAAUUGCUGGACACCCUUUGGCCCAGAACGAGCGCUGUCUGCACAUGUUUCUUCAGGAGGCGACCAUCGACCGAAACUACAUUCCCGGAAAAGUACGACACUAGACUUACUACAACCUUCACAGUACCUCUACUACUACCACUACUAUUACUACUUCUACUAUUACUUCUACUAUUACUUCUACUACUACUAUUACUACUACUACUUCUACUCAUUUCUCUUCUUUCUCUUCUUAAAUCUUUACUUUCAAACUGUGUAUACUAUUGUAAAGUUACUUGGGAUUAUUAUAGUAAGUUUUUCUACUAUAGAGCAAGUCUGUAAGUUGACUUCUUUCUAACUUGUGAACUUUUUUUUUUAUUGUUCAGUACAAAUUCCUCAGUACGUGUUGUAUUGUGGGAAAGAAAUUGGCUUUUACUCUCAGAAUCAUUGUAUGAUACAUUCCUUUACUUCAAUGUUAUGAUUGUAAAAUAUUGUGAAUAAAGUAGAAUGAUGUCUACAUUUUGGUGUGGGCACUAGUAUAUAUUACUGUAAUGGGCUGCAUGCUAAAUCUGUAAACACAAGUCUUAUCCUGUUUUGUUUCUCUUUGUUUUUUAGGUAUGAGUGAAAGGUGAAGCAGACGGCUGGGCCUGCGCUUUGUACAUUAUAUUUCUACAUCUCUCCAUUUUAAACUUGUGGAGAAAAAAAACAGUAUAUCAACAGAGAAAAGAUUAGACAAAUGCAAUGUGUACAUGUGUUUUUUCAACCAUUCCACAUUUUGAUUUAAUCUGAGAAUCCGUAUCUCAAAACGCGUAUUUUAGAUAUGAUUUCUUAUUAUUGUCUUUUUAUUUGAUUAUAUAUCCCAACAGAAUAAUGGAAGGCAGCCACAUGUAGCGUUCCACAGUUACUGAUAUAUUAUGUUUCAAUCCAAGAUUCAUAUACAAUUGGCUGCAAAUGAUCAGAUUUCAUGAUUUUCUUUUGUCAAUUUUGGACCAUAAAUGCUCAUAUUUAAACACUGUGACAAAACGUACUUCAAAUUAAAUCAGCAUUCCUUUUGCUUUUGAUCAGACCACUCUUACUCCAUGUCCUAUUGUCUUUUUCUUGUUAAAACCAAUUGUGAACUUUAUCUAUGAAUUUUCAGCAUUGAGAAACAGCAUUGUUUUUCUGUCUAUACUGAUUAAAUUCCUGCUGCCUGCUG